UUUUCUUUCUCAGUACGGACGAAAGGCGACAGCCUCAAUCUGCGAGCUCUCACCGACGUCUCCCACACCUCCUCAACCCUCUCUUUCAGACCUCGCUCGCGCUUAUCCCUACCACAUCACCUCGUCAUCAUCGUCUUCUUCUUAAAUCCUCAUCAGGUCCCUUCCUCCACCCCUCUCUUCAACCUCCUCCUCCUUCUUCUUCACACCCUAGCUGCUGCCAUUUUGGAUUCCCAACUGACCGUCCAUGGAUUUGCCUUCUGAUUUCCUGCCGCAGAGCGGCGCCGUGGAGGAGCCCGAAGACUUGCAAUCCUCCUCCGUCUCUUCCUUCUACAGCGACGGCGACGAGGAGGAUGACUCGUCGUCCGCGAAUUCCACGGGCCCGCCGUCGGAAGAGGGGCCCCUUUUUGAGAUGUCUGCGCUCUUGCCCUUGCUUCCCGUCAAGAGAGGACUAUCAAAGCAUUACGAUGGGAAAUCACAGUCCUUUACAUCUCUUGCCAAUGUGGGGAGCUUGGAAGACCUAGCCAAGCCCGAUAGGUCAUUCAAAAAAAGGCUCAAGCUCUGCAAGAGCUAUGGAGGAAACUUGGAUUGCCACAUAGCACUCUCACCUAAAUCCAGAGCCAUCACAAAGAAGGUGUCUCCACUGGUAAAUGCCAGGAGACACAGCUUUGCAGGUCCCAAGCCUCCUAUGUACCCACAAAGAUCUAACAGCGCUCUCUCAGGACAAACUUUUUUGCUUGCCUAAGAGUUCCAAGAACUAACCUUGAUCACAACAAUACUGACACCAGCCUGCCUGUUCCAUGUUCAGAAUGCAAGAAGCCUGUAGUAUCUUGUGAAAGACUGCAGCACCCAACAAUCAACCAGGCUAACUGUAUUCACUAUUACUCUGUUGCAUGUAAUUUUUUCCCCCCGGCAAAUCUCAUGCUGUUGGAUGAUUGUUUGUACAUAUAGCCGAUGUAAUCCUCCUCUUCCAGGUCAAAUUCCUCACAUUUCCUAGAGAAACGUUUGUCAAUAACACGGCUACUGGAGAUCUGUUUCUUUUGCAA